AUGCCUCGAUUUUUUCAGUUGACGUGGGCUCUUCUUUUGAUUUUAAUAGGUUUUACCACUGCUGUUACGUUUAUCGGAGAUGAUCCUGUGGUGGAGCUCUCCUUGGGCAGAAUCCAAGGAGAUACUAUGCAGAGCUUUAGGAACAAGACCAUCUACGCAUUCCGAGGAAUACGAUACGCGCAAUCUCCAGUGGGACAGCUCAGGUUCGCCAAUCCAGUUCAGGAAACUAGUUGGGGCGACGAGGUGUUCAAGGCCACAUCCGACUCCCUCGUUUGUCCACAACCAGGUGUAGUUUCUUUUAUGAGUGAAGAUUGCCUAAAAAUCAACGUUUUCACGAAGAGCUUCGAGGAGAAAUUUCCAGUGAUGGUGUAUAUUCAUGGCGGAGCCAAUGUCCUGGGAAGUGGACACAGCAGCUAUGAAGCAGGACCUCAAUAUCUGCUAGAUCAGGACGUAGUUUUUGUGGCUUUUAACUAUCGCCUUGGAGCUCUGGGAUUUCUGAGCACAAAUAGCAGUGAGACGAAGGGAAACUUUGGUUUCCUCGAUCAGGUGAUGGCUCUGGAAUGGGUAAGGGAUCACAUAUCACACUUUGGUGGUGAUCCAGAGUUGGUGACUAUUUUCGGAAUGAGUGCUGGCUCGAUGGCAGUCAGUCUACACUUGGCCUCGCCCCUUUCCGCAGGUCUCUUCCAUCGGGCAAUCCUCAUGAGUGGAUCGGCCACCAAUCAUUUUGAUAUAGAUAACCUUUUUUGGACACGAAAACUGGCUCGUGAGCUGGGUUGUCCGUUGUAUGAUCCCACGGAUGUGGUGGAGUGUCUCCGAAACGAAACUUGGGCACGCAUUGUGGAAGUCUGCAAGGCAUGGGAAACCUAUCAGCUUAUUAAUAUGAAGUGGAACUACGAGAUCGAUGGGCACUUUCUACCCAACCAUCCUACGGAGCUGAUCAAGGAGGGAAAUUUCAACAAGGUUCCCCUGCUAAUCAGUUACACGGCCAAUGAAUUUGACUACAACGCAAAUGUCCACUUGGGAAACCAGCACUUAUUACACGAUUUUGGCUCAAACUUCGUGGAUUACGCGCCAGAGUUGUUUCUCUAUCGCCAGGAUGCACAAAUUGGAGAGAAACUGAAGGAUUUCUAUCUGGGUGACAAUACUACGGAAAUCAAUUCGGAAAACAUAGGGAACUUUGGACAGAUCUUCUCUGAUGCAUAUAUUGGACACGGUGUCCAUCGUCUGGUCCAACUAGCCAGUCACUUUACCCCAGUUUAUUAUAUGCGAAUGGAUUACGUGGGUGAUCAAAGUCUCUCAGCUCCUUUGAAUGGCGAAAACAAGCCCGUGGGAGUGGGUCACGCGGAUGAUCUGCACUAUGUGAUGCCGGGUUAUUGGUAUGGUGCUUUGAUGUCGGCAAAUGAUUCGGAUGUUUUUAUGAUGGAGCGUUUAACCAGCUGGUUUAGGCACUUCGCCAAAACAGGGACACCCCUGAACAGCACGGAUAUUUGGCCACCCUGCAACUCUACGGUCUUAAAGAUGCUCUACAACGGGGUGGUGACCCAGGUGGGUUCGCCCGGCUAUUCGAAUCGAUACGCCGUCUGGGAAGAACUGUUUCCCACGCACGCCCGGGGCGGAGGCGCUGCCUGGAAACUGAGUUUCGUCGUGGCCAUCGCCACUGGUGUGGCCUCCCGGCUCAUCGGGAAAUUAAUGUAGCAAUUAGGUGUGGAAAAAGCUUAUCAAUAGGCCGUUUAGAUUACGCUAAUGACCUUCGACCUUUGUUCUUGGCCUGCUCUUCGCUGGAGCAAUGCAGCUAUUUACUUUGAUUAAUUAAUCAAGAAAGGCGUGAGAUUUUCCCUGUUUCCACUGCGAGCUUAGCUUUUCUUUGGUGCAAUUAGUUAUUGGCCUACAGCGGAUUG